GGCGACCCCUCACGAUCGGUCCCGAUAUUUCUGAUGGUUGCUGCUACGUUCGCUUCGUAAAGUUCCUCUCUCCGACGACGAUCGACGAUGAAAAAUAUGGCGGCGCUCAUCAGGCAUGCCUCUUACGGGAUUCCAUUCAAAAGUACAUCCGCUUUAUUUGCGCUCCCAACGACAAGGAAUGCGCGUCGCGACAGUGCGCGAUUCGCGAGCAAGCUAAGUAGUCCUGCCAAGAAUGCCCUCAAGCAGAAUCCAAAGUUGGAAGCUACUAGGAAGUCUCUUUCCGCGAAAGGAUUUCUUCGAUCAAUAAAGCCAUAUGAUCCACCUACCGACGUAAACGAACGAAUUGACAAAAUCUGUACGAGCCAAGAAAUUUCUACGGAUGACACGGCGAAGCUUGAGGGUGGUCUUUUGCGCUUUCAAAUUUUCGCAGCCUGUGCGGAAGAGUUCAGGCAUUCCGUGCCAAAUUCAUUGCUUUGCAUCAUCGAAACGGUCGGAGAUCUAAAAGAAUUUUAUCAUAAUACGGUGGACGUUGCCACGCCGCUAGAUACAUUGCGAAGAAUGCAGCUUCCAAAGAACUUACACGUACAAUACGAAUAUCAUCGUUUCCAUCCUGAUACAGACACGAUGUUUGGUGGCAAGACGGCUUUUCCGCUCAGCUCGACUCUCGUCACUGGUUUGAAAUAUAAGAAGAAAUACAAAGGUUUCAAGCUGGAGGAUCCGUUUUAUAAAGAAUAUAGACGGCUCAAAUAAAAUCCUACCUCUAGUUUUUAAACAGCAUUCGCAUUAUUUCUUUGCUAUUACGUUCUUAUUCAAUUAGUAUUGGAUUACUUGUAAUAUCAGCUAAUACAAAAUAUGAAACUUUCUGGCCUUAUAAUUAAACUCGAACAUAAGAAUAUUCUCAAGAGAAGAAUUAAGUAAUUCUUCGCCUUAUUACUGUAUUAUUAUGAGAUUGAAUAAAACGUUAUGUAAAAUGA